AUGCAGCGUCGGCUGUCGGCCGUACCCGAGGAGCUCGAAGACACUUCCCUCCACUACGAACGGCCUCCACCUCCCUCUCGCCCCGUCAGGGCGACAUAUGCGAGCACCGUCCUUCGCCAACCUCUGCCGCCCUCCGCGCAGCCUUCUUGGAGGGCCAAGACGAAGUUCCCGGUGCCGAAAGAGACGGAGUCCCGUGGGCCCACGCGGGUCAGGCGCGUCGUGCUUGUAGAGGAGGACGAGGACCCUUACCGUUGGGGCCCGUCGCCGGCAAGCACUGCGCAGGACCGCGACAACUCGAAGAGGGUCCCUCUUACGCCUAUGACCAACCGGUCUCGUAGCAGCUCGAUAGCAUCAUCGUCUAAGGGCGAUCAGGAACCUCUCGCGCCUAUCGACAAGGAAAACAAAGCGUCGGAGCCUGUGAAGAAGCCGAAGAAGAAGGUUCGCGGGGGUAGGAAGAUCAAAAGCAAGAAGGCGGCAGCAAACAAGUAA